CCUUGACAUUUGAAAAAGCAAAAGAGAGAAAUUUGAAAAAGAAAAAGCUUCCACAAUUCGCUUCCGGUGGAAGAAAGCACCAUUUUCUAGUCACAGACGCACAGUGACCGACCCGGAGAAAGCGAGCGAGCGAGAGAGAGAGAGGUACAGAUGGCGCUAUCGACGAGGCAGAGACGUCCGCUACCGUCCGAUCCCUCAUCGUCAUCAUCGCAUUCGCAAUCUGAUUCGUACGGGAAGCUCGAUAAGCCGGGCAGAUCGGACGGUGGGAAAGGAGACGAGGGAUUGGGGUGGUUGUUUCCGUUGUUCGUCCUGGGAGUGCUACGGUACAUGAGCGCCGCAUCAAACAUCAUACACGACUGCGACGAAGUCUUCAACUACUGGGAGCCUCUCCAUUUCCUUCUCUACAAAUCUGGCUUCCAAACUUGGGAGUACAGUUCCCAGUUUGCACUUCGGUCAUACUUAUACAUUGUUUUCCAUGAAUUAGUGGGUCGACCAGCUUCCUGGUUGUUUGGUGAGGAAAAAGUGAAAGUGUUUUAUGCUGUAAGACUCUUUCUAGGUCUCCUCUCUGUUAUCACAGAAACUGUUCUGGUAGUAGCCCUUUCCAGGAAGUAUGGAAAACGUUUUGCUUGUUACACACUUGCAAUGCUAUGCUUAACCAGCGGUUGUUUCUUCGCUAGCACAAGUUUCUUGCCAAGUUCAUUCUCCAUGUAUGCCAUGUCUCUUUCGUCAGGGUUAUUUCUUCUUGGGAAACCUGCAAUGGCUGUUGCAGUUGCAGCUAUUGGUGUAAUCCUUGCCUGGCCAUUCUCAAUCUUGGCUUUUUUGCCAGUCACGUUCUACUCUUUAUCUAGAAGAUUUAAACAAGCAUUUUUAGCUGGGGCUGUCACCUCUGUCUCUCUUCUUGCAGUCUCACUCCUUGUUGACUACUACUACUACAGAAGAUGGACGUCAUCUGUGUUGAAUCUUUUGGUAUAUAAUGUUGUAGGAGGAGGUGAAAGCCAUUUGUAUGGGACUGAAGGACCAUUAUAUUAUCUGAGGAACGGAUUUAACAAUUUCAACUUCUGUUUCGUUCUUGCUUUGCUUUUCCUGGGAAUUUGGCCAAUAGUAAGGAAGAAGUAUGGCCCAGACCUACUGAUCAUGGUCUCACCUGUAUAUAUGUGGCUGGUAUUUAUGUCUUUGCAGCCACACAAAGAAGAAAGGUUCCUUUAUCCAAUUUAUCCACUUAUUUGUGUUGCUGCUUCAGCUGUCAUUGAGAGCUUUCCUGAUCUUUUCCAUGAUAAAUAUAAUCCCAACGAUAAAUCCCUGAUGUUUAUGAUAGCCAAAUUCCUUAGACCCGUGGUUCUUAGCCUCAUAUUGUGUGUCUCCCAUGCUCGCACUUUUUCAUUGAUUCAUGGUUAUUCUGCUCCUAUGGAGAUUUACAAGCUUUUAGAGCACCAUGAUGAUGCAGGAACAGGUUCUGUACUAUGUGUUGGAAGUGAAUGGCACCGGUUUCCAUCAUCAUUUUUGGUUCCUGAUUAUGUCGGCGAAGUCCGAUGGAUUGAUGAUGGAUUUCGAGGUCUUCUACCAUUUCCAUUUAAUUCUACCCUAGGAGGGACAGCAGCUGCACCACUUUAUUUCAACAAUAAGAACAAGGCAGCAGAUGGACAAUAUCUUCAGGAUCUUCAGGCUUGUACUUUCCUCGUUGAGCUGCAGCUUAAUCGACCUUCCCCAACACGUGGAAGCGACUCGUCAACGUGGGAGGUAGUUGGAGCACUGCCUUACCUGGACAGGGAGCUCUCUCCUUCCACGUACCGGUCGUUUUUCAUCCCAUACCUUUGGCAGGAGAAGAAUGUGUUUGGCAUGUACAAGUUGCUUAAAAGAGUAUCAAAAUGAUUUGCAGCUAUAUUCUAGAAAACUCUUGACGGCCAUAACUUUUUAACAGUUUGUUCUAACUUGGACCCGAAAAGAAGAAAAACCCGAAAGAAAAGCAUUUUCACCUGAUUUGGAAAUGAGACUAGCUGUUCUAACUUGUAGGGUUUGCCUGGUUCGAUAUUGAAGGUUGAGUUGAGUAGGCAUUUGGAAAUGAGAUUGUAGCUGUUCUAACGAGUAGUGUUUACCUGAUUCUAUAGUGAAAAUUGAAUCGAGUAGACCUUUGAUUUA